AUGGCAGCGACAUCAGAUCUACCAACCCAUCACAGGGCACUCGUACUCGAAACAAUCGAGGAAGGAUUCUCUGUCAAGAAGGUGCCAACUCCACAACCGGGGCCUGGCAGCGCAAUCGUACGGAUCCUCGAAGCCGGCGUGAUCUCCUACCACCGCGAGAUCUACAACGGGGAACGCGGCUAUGAAUUCCCCAAGCCCAUCGUCGGAGGUUUAAGUGCCAUCGGCCGCAUUGGCGCUGUAGGUCCCGAUGCGGUGGUCUUGGAGCCAGGUCAGCUGGUCUGGGUGGACUGCGUGAUCCAUGCGCGAGACAACCCGGAUUCAUUGUUCCUCACGGCCAUCCAUGAGGGCAUGGAUGCCGGCAGCAAGAAACUGAGCAGUGACGUCUGGCGUGACGGUGCGUUUGCAGAAUACAUGAAGGUGCCGCUGGAGAAUUGCUUUCGACUUGAUGAGAACAGGCUCUGCCAGGAGCUCGGGUAUAGUGUGCGUGAGCUGAUGUACAUGUUGUACAUGUUGGUACCGUUUGGAGGGCUGAGGGAUAUCCGUCUCGAGCCUGGUGAGACAGUCGUGGUGUGCCCCGCGACUGGGGGUUUUGGCGGAGCGGGCGUUCAAGUCGCUGUGUCGAUGGGUGCACGGGUGAUCGCCAUGGGACGGAAUGAAAAGGAGCUGGCGAGGUUGAAGGAACACGUCAAGAAAGGCACACCAGGUGCCAACAUCGAGACCGUCAAGAUGACUGGCGAUCAUGAGACAGACGCCUCCACGCUGCAGGCUUUCGGGACCAUUGACGCCGUCAUCGACCUGACGCCACCAUUUGCAGCUCAGUCGAAGCACCUGAAGAGUGCAAUUCGCGCAUUGCGUCGUGGAGGUCGCUGCAGUAUGAUGGGCUAUGUUGAGGAUGUGAUCAACUGGAAUGUAAUGGCGAUGAACCAAACGCUGAAAGGGAAGUUGAUGUAUGAGCGGGAGGAUAUAGUGCUUUUCGUGAAGAUGUUGGAGCGAGGUCUGUUUCCUCGAGGAAAGGAUCUCGUUGAUCCCAAGGUUUUCAAGAUGGAUGAGUGUAAGGAAGCCCUGGACGCUGCGGCGGAGUGGACGGGGAUUGGCAGAACAGUGAUGAUAGAGCCAUAA